UUAGGACUCUCCCGGUUUUACCACUUCACCGAGUUUGGCUGCCCUGCUUCCUGACAGAGAACCGAGCUAAAGUGAGCGCAACGUCAAUCAGUUCAGGCACCGAGAGGCAGCGACUCUUCUGGACCUUCGGAACCGGGGUCCCUCAGCGGGAGUACCGACUCAAUGGCAUCCGACGGGCAGAUGUAUCCAGGCGGCCCGGCGCAGGCAGCGGGGCUCGGGGGCAGCUCGGAGCAGCUGAACUCCUCCGCUGUCAACCGCCUUUUAAUGGAGUUCCUGAUGUACUUCGGGCGGGCCGUGUUCCUCUUCUACCCGGUCUACCUGACGGGCUACCUGGGCCUCAGUAUCAGCUGGGUGCUGCUGUGCAUGCUCAUGGUGACCUGGUGGAAGAAAAACCGACGGUGGAAGGACGCGCGGAUCGGAGGUGCCAUCGAGUUUGUGGACAACGAGACGCGCGUGAUCAACACAGGGCUGAAGAGUGACCUACAGAUGGCAACGUGGGUCCAGUUCGCUGAUGUUGAGAAAGUGCAGUGGGUUAACAAGGUGUUGGAGCAGGCGUGGCCUUUCUUUGGGAUGUACAUGGAGAAGUUUCUUAAAGAAACCAUCCAGACGACCGUCAGGCAGUCCAGCGCUGCGCUCAAGACGUUCUCUUUUACCAAGGUCCACUUUGGACACAUUCCUCCCAGGAUCACUGGGAUGAAAGCCUACACCCAUGAAGUGGAUCACAGAGAGGUGGUUCUGGACCUAAAUAUAAGUUAUGACGGUGAUGUGGACAUCGACGCUGAGGUGAAACCACCAAUCACAGCUGGUGUGAAAGGACUUGAGCUCAAAGGGAUGCUGAGGGUCAUUUUAGAACCUCUUAUUGGUGAAGCACCACUGGUGGGAGGAGUCACCUUUUUCUUCAUUCGCCGCCCUACACUGCAGAUCAACUGGACGGGUGCAACCAACCUUUUGGACACCCCUGCCUUUAGUUCACUGUCUGAGGAGACGAUAAUGGACAUCAUCGCCUCUCUCAUGGUGUUACCCAACCGCAUGUGCAUUCCACUUAUAGACCAGGUCAAAGUGGACCAGAUGAGGUUCCCACUUCCUCGUGGGGUGGUGAGGGUCCACUUGCUGGAGGCCAGAGACCUGGUGGCUAAGGAUACAUACAUGAUGGGUUUAGUGAAAGGCAAAUCGGACCCCUACACCAUACUCAGAGUCGGCAACCGACAUGUCAAAAGCAAGACCGUCAAAGAGAAUUUGCACCCAAAAUGGAAUGAAGUGUAUGAGUUUGUUGUCCACGAGGCUCCGGGACAAGAGCUGGAGAUGGAGCUGUAUGAUGAAGACACAGAUAAAGAUGACUUGCUUGGAACAUAUAACCUUGACUUUGGCGAGGUGAAGAAGGAGAAACAAAUGGAUAAGUGGUUUCCUCUGGAGGGGGUUCCGAAUGGGGAAGUUCGCCUCAAGCUCCAGUGGCUUUCCCUUCAGACCGACUCUAGCCUGCUGAAGGAGUCUACCGACGGCCUGGCUUGUGCUAUGCUUGCUGUGUAUCUGGACAAUGCUUCAAACAUACCGAAAGACCACAGCGAGUUCACAGAGCAUCAGCACAAACAUGGGAGGCAUUCAAAAGAAGCACGGCUCACAAGGAGAACCCCCAAUCCCAACUCCUUUGUGGAAUUUUCCGUUGAUAAGGAGGUGCAGAAAAGCAAGGUUGCGUAUGCGUCUAAGGACCCAGUGUUUGAGGAGGGAUUCACCUUCUUUGUGCAUAAUGUCAGAACGCAGCAGCUCAUCGUUCAGGUCAAAGAGCAUGAGAAGAAGACUCUGCUUGGUGUUCUGAACUUGCCCCUCAGUCGCCUCCUCAGCACCUCCAACAUGAUGGUAGACCAGCGCUUCCCCCUGGAGCGCUCCGGAGCAAACAGUCAGAUCAAACUGAAGGCCACUCUCAGGGUUCUCACUGAGGACCUUCCGCCGCCCAAGAUUGUCCUGGAUCCUCCUCCACAACCCAAACAACAAACAUCACAGAGCAGCCAAGGAGGUAACACCGGACCCUCCACUGCUGCGUCGUCCUCUCCAGAGGUUCCCUCCAACAACAUCCCUGUCGCCUCUUCUCCGUCCCGGCUGGCUCCUUCACAGAAUGGCUCAAAUGAGGACUACUUAGCUCACCGCCGUGGCUCCUACCUGGCUGGUGAAACCUGGAAGUCGCCCUCUUCGGCACAAAACAUGCGUCGGUUCGACUCUCACAGCCUGCUGUCAGAGAACUCCCUCGCUUCGUCACGUUUCGACCUCUCAGACGGCGCGUCCUAUCCAGAGGCCAUUAGGAAACAUCAGGGUUCAUUUGGAGAGAUAAACCUGACUGUGCGGUUUGCUACCCUGAGGAACAAACUCAUCGUCCUGGUUAACUCUUGCAGGAACUUAUUCCCCUGCAGUGAGAACGGCACAGACUCUUACGUCCGCCUGUAUUUGCUGCCCGACCAAACCUGGAGACACCGCAAAAAGACACACGUCAAAAAGAGGACGGUCAAUCCUGUCUUCAAUGACAAGUUUGAGUUUGAUGUGUCACUUGAAGAAGCACAAACUAGGAAGCUGGACGUGUCAGUGAAAAAUAACAGGAUGUUUCACACGCGAGAGAGAAAGGACAUUGGCAUGGUGCUGUUAGAUCUUUCACAGCUGGAUCUAGCCAGAGGCAUCACAGAAUGGGUUGAGCUCUCGCUGCCUGGGCUGAAGAAAUCCUUGUAGCAGGUGGACCUGAAAAACUUCUGUUUCACGUUAAAAAGCACCUUCUCAGCCACUGCAAUGCAAAGUGCAGACAUUAUGCUUGGAGAGCUUUAUAUUCCUUUGUCUUCCUUACCAUCACAGAAUAGCAUUGGGUUUUCCAAAACACACCCCUGAUACUGGACAUAAGUUACAGUUAUCAUCACAGGCACAUAUAGUAAUAUUCCAAAUCACGGGCCUACUUAAGUUCUUAUGAUAGAAUUUAGUUGUAUAUUGUCUCAUUUGCAGAAAUCCACACUUAAACAUACUUCCCAGAUGACCUUGGUAAAAGCAUUUGUGCCAGUUCACUGUAGCUUAUUUGCAUUGACAGUAGAGUUUAAAUGAUCCUUUAUACCAAUACGAUUUCUUAGUAUUUCCUAUUCAUCAGAAAAAACAAUAUUUUUCUUGUAUCUCCAGAGAAACAAGGCAGUAUCUGUAUUUUGGAUAUCUUUGUGGCAGUUUUUUUUUUGAGGUCAUCUGAGCCAAAGUUAUUCUUUUGUAUUAUCAUGUAAAUAGUUUCAUUGACACUUUUUAUGUAAUAUACUCUUGGAAAUAAAGUUACAACAAAGUG